AUGGAUGCUUACAAGAACAUCGUCAGUAUGCGAGUCACAAGACUCACCUACCAGAGCGAAAGCUCACCUUUUGGCCUCUGGACGUUGCCUAAUUCGCUCGAUGGUCCUUCUUUCGCCCCGUGUUAUGCGCCAUAUGGCGAACAAUCUCUUUCUACUGACUCUCACCCGGCAAUCGAACACACAAAGAUCGUUACGAGCAUCGAAAGUGAUGUUCUCAAGCCAUGGGAAAAAGGCUCAAAGUCCGGAAAGAAGAUCAAAAAGGGCAGGGGACCUAAGAGUCGCGUCGAGAUGAGCCCGGGAAGCGAUGCUACUAGCAAAGACAUGAGCAACAGCAACAACAGUAGCAGGAAUGAGAUGUCGACGGCUGCGACACCGACCCAGCCAUCUGCGCAAAGCUCGCCUGCCUCGCGCGCUAGACAGUACCCGGUGCUCGACGUCGCCGGUCCCCCUGUUCCUCGUCUGCUCCCUUAUAACUUCUACCAUCCCGACACUGCGCAGGCUGCAAUCGCACAGUCAAGAAAGAGAAAGCACGACCGCAUCGACAACGGGGCUCCUACCACGUCGCUAAAGAUGCAUAGGAGAGAAUAA